AGCUCUGUAUUGGCCAUUUAAUUGUAACCUAUAUUCCACAGAAAAAAACUGUGAGCAUAGGCAAGCCCCAGAAAGUUCUUUAUGACCGAUUGGUUAUUUAGGCAUGUGCCUGGGUUUAUUCGCCUAGUUUGUAAAGCAUACACCAUAAUAACCCUAUUUGAAACAGCCAGUCAUGAUCCGUUUAUAUAGUUCUGAGAUUAAAUUACGUAUUUAAAUAUUUUAACUUAAGUUGGUUUCUUCAUAACUAAGAAAAUAGCGACAGUUGAACUUGCAAAAGCGAAGGUAGAGAAACUUGACUAAUACUCCCUAUGAACUUCAUUACCCAUAACCCAAUGCAGCGGGCAGCGCCGAUGUGCGUCAGGUCCAACAGAUCGUACGGACAGAAGAAAGGGGGAGACAUCGUUAGCUAUCAGCUACUCUGUCCAGGGAGCCUUUUAAUAAUUAUUGGAUUUUAGUGUAAAUUGUGAGAACCCCUUUUGGCCCAAUACAACGACACACUUCCCCCCUGCCCUGACAUACUCGCACACAGAUAUGAGCGGCAGCGGGCGGCCCAGGACCAGCUCGUUUGCUGAGCCACCGGGGGCUCCCGGAGCUGCCGCAGCAGCCGCCGGAUCAGCCGUGGCCGGCGGUAGUACCUCAGGAAAGACCGGAGCUUCACAGGCCGCUGGGGGGAGUUCAUCGGCAUUUGGAAAUUUACGGCUUAGCAGAGACAGCUGUAAGGUGACCACAGUGGUGGCUACCCCAGGCCAGGGCCCAGAGCGUCCGCAGGAGGUCAGCUACACAGACAUUAAGGUGAUCGGGAAUGGCUCGUUCGGCGUGGUCUACCAGGCUCGCCUCGUGGACUCCCAGGAAAUGGUGGCCAUCAAGAAGGUGCUGCAGGACAAACGCUUUAAGAACCGAGAGCUCCAGAUCAUGAGGAAGCUGGACCACUGCAACAUCGUGCGACUCCGCUACUUCUUCUACUCCAGCGGGGAGAAGAAGGAUGAGGUGUAUCUGAACCUGGUUCUGGACUUUGUGCCCGAGACGGUUUACAGAGUGGCCCGACACUUCAACAAGGCCAAGACCACCAUCCCCAUCAUCUACGUCAAGGUGUACAUGUACCAGUUGUUCCGCAGUCUGGCUUACAUCCAUUCCCAGGGUGUGUGUCACCGAGACAUCAAACCACAGAACUUGCUGGUGGAUCCGGACACGGCUGUCCUCAAGCUCUGUGACUUCGGCAGUGCCAAGCAGCUGGUUCGCGGCGAGCCCAACGUCUCGUACAUCUGCUCCCGGUACUACCGGGCGCCCGAGCUGAUCUUCGGGGCGACGGACUACACGUCCAACAUCGACAUCUGGUCGGCGGGGUGUGUGCUCGCGGAGCUGCUGCUGGGACAGCCCAUCUUCCCCGGGGACAGCGGAGUCGACCAGCUGGUGGAGAUCAUUAAGGUGCUGGGGACCCCCACCCGGGAGCAGAUUCGGGAGAUGAACCCCAACUACACAGAGUUCAAGUUCCCCCAGAUCAAAGCCCACCCCUGGACCAAGGUGUUUAAGCCCCGGACCCCCCCUGAGGCCAUCGCCCUGUGCAGUCGCCUGCUUGAGUACACGCCCGUGUCCCGCCUCUCGCCCCUGGAGGCCUGCGCCCACGCCUUCUUCAACGAGCUCCGCCUGCCCAACACGCGCCUGCCCAGCGGGCGAGACCUGCCCCACCUCUUCAACUUCAGCCCUGUGGAGCUGUCAAUCCAGCCCCAGCUAAACUCCACCCUCAUUCCUCCUCAUGCACGUGCACAGACUACGCCUGAGGGCGGUGUAUCAGACAGCCCGGCCCAGUCCAGCUCGGUUCCUGGCCCCCUGAGUAACAGCACCUAAGGGACCCUGAGCUCAGCUCAGCUCCGCUCCGCUCCGCGUCAGCGUCAUCCUUCCUCCUCUUGCUCUUGCUCUUCCUCGCCCCAACACCCCACACCAUCCUUACCCGCACCCCUGGCUCCAAUCACCCAAGGAAACACUGCCGCCACACACGCACACACACACACACACACAAGGCGUGGGCUGAGCACGCAUG